GAACCUGUUUCCACCUUGAGAGAGUUUUAAGUUUCUUUGGAAUGUUUGGGCUGAUGGGUUCUUUUUCCUGUUUUGAGAUUCUGUAAGAAACUCUUGUUCAUAUAGUGAUAGAGUGCAGAGUCGCGUCCAGGAUGGGAUCAUUCGGCUCGUUUCAGCUUCUCUUGAUUAUUUGGGGUUUUCUUUUUGCCUCCUGUGAUUCUUUUAUGAACAAUGAAGUUCGGGCUCUUACAGCCUUCAAGGAAGCUAUUUAUGAGGACCCUUCAUCUGUUUUGUCAAAUUGGAAUACGCUCGAUGCAGAUCCUUGCAACUGGUCUGGCAUUUCCUGUUCACUGGGUCGAGAUCAUGUUAUGAAGCUAAACCUUUCUUCUUGUUAUCUAAGGGGAUUUCUUGCACCAGAAUUGGGGUCCCUCUUCUCCCUGCAAGAAUUAACCCUGCACAAAAAUAGUCUCCUUGGGACGAUUCCAAAAGAAAUUGGCAUGUUGAAAAACCUAAAGGUCUUGGAUCUGGGAAUGAAUCGACUCACUGGGCCCAUUCCCCCUGAGAUUGGAAAUUUGACCAGUGUAAUGAAAAUAAACCUUCAAUCUAAUGGAUUAUCCGGCAGUGUGCCUCCUGAGCUUGGCAAUUUGAGAAACCUUGUGGAACUGCUCUUGGAUAGGAACAGGCUUCAAGGAACUGUUCCUGGUGGCAACAACUCAAGUUCUGUGUCUAACAUGCAAGAGAUCUAUGCAUCACAUGGAAAUGCAACUGGCUUCUGCCGUGCAUCUCAGUUAAGGAAUGCAGAUUUCUCAUACAACUUUUUCGUUGGAAGAAUACCCCAGUGCCUGAAUUAUAUCCCCAGGACAAGUUUCCAAGGUAACUGCUUCCAAGAUAAAGAAUCCAAACAGCGUCCUUCUAUGCAAUGUGGUGCUUCUCCAGUAGCUUCACCUGCAAAAAGCCAUCCUCCUGCCUACCCGAAGCACCGACAGGCUGAAAAUGGCCAUAAACAUCAUGAGGCUUCAAAACCUGCAUGGCUGCUGGCUCUAGAAAUUGUAACAGGGACAGUUGCGGGCCUCCUCUUGCUUAUCGCUGCUUUUACUGCUGCUAAAAAAUGCAAUGCACAAUCUUCUGAUAUAAUUCCAUGGAAGAAAAAAGAAAACAGGAAUGAGUACAAGGACCAUCAGAUUAUAUACAUGGAUCCUGAAAUGCUGAAGGACGUAGUAAGGUUUAGUAGACAGGAGCUUGAAGUAGCCUGUGAGGAUUUCAGCAACAUUAUCGGCUCCUCCCCAGACAGUUUAGUGUACAAAGGCACCAUGAAGGGUGGGCCAGAGAUUGCUGUGAUAUCACUUUGCGUAAAGCAGGAGUACUGGACGGGCUAUCUUGAGCUUUACUUUCAAAGAGAGGUGGCAGAUUUGGCAAGAUUAAAUCAUGAGAACACAGGAAAAUUACUGGGUUAUUGCAGGGAGACCAACCCAUUUUCAAGGAUGCUGGUCUUUGAAUAUGCAUCAAAUGGGACACUUUAUGAGCAUCUUCACUAUGGGGAAGGAUGUCAAUUAUCUUGGAGCCGACGCAUGAAAAUUAUUUUAGGCAUUGCCCGUGGUCUAAGAUAUCUUCAUACGGAACUUGAGCCUCCAUUCACGAUAUCUGAACUAAGUUCAAAGGCUGUAUAUCUUACAGAGGAUUUUUUCCCCAAGCUUGUUGAUUUUGAAAGCUGGAAAACAGUUCUGGCAAGAUCAGAAAAGAACUCAGGUUCCAUUAGUAAUGGAGACACAUUAUGUGGUUUUCAAGAUUCUCUAAGUGAACGCCAUUUGGAUGUCCAAGGGAAUUUAUUUGCUUUCGGAGUACUCUUACUAGAAAUAAUCAGUGGGAGACCUCCAUACUGCAAAGACAGAGGGUGCUUGGUAGAUUGGGCCAAGGAGUAUGUAGAUAUGCCAGAAAUAAUGUCUUAUCUAGUCGAUCCAGAGUUGAGACAUUUCAGAUAUGAUGACCUAAAGGUAGUAUGCGAGGUGGUGAGCCUUUGCAUUCAGUCUGAUUCUGCUAAGCGACCAUCCAUGAAAGAGCUAUGCCCCAUGUUAGAAAGUAGAAUCGACAUUUCAGUAUCUGCUGAUCUUAAAGAGUGUCCUUUGGCAUGGGCUGAGCUUGCUUUAUCUUCAUAGUCACAUUGAAGAUGCACACUGUAAAUCAGAUAUACAAAUUUGUAAUACUUUCAUUUUUUUUUCUUUUGGGAAAAAGAUUGCAUGCUGAAGAAAAUAUGGAGCUUCAUGCACUGCAAAUGCCAUAAUAUUUGUAUACUAAUGAGGAAAUUUGAGAGAUCAGUAAUGAAUUUAAUGAAUCUGUUACAUUUGCCUCUCUUCU